UCAAGCUCAGUGUUUAAUGAUCUCCGCCAAGAGGGAGACUUUUGCGAUGCAGUCAUCAGAGUCAAGGAUGUCGAAUUUCAAAUUCACAAAGUCAUCCUGUGUAAAUGCAGCAAGUACUUCCUAGCUUUCUUCAGACGCUGGUCAGCUCCAGGUCAGCAGGUCUUCAACAUAGGUGGCCUGUCUGCGGACAUGAUGGCGCUUAUCAUUGAGUUUGCAUACACUGGCAGUGUUCAUGUGACUGGGGACAAUGUGGAGGAGCUCCUGCUUGCAGCGGAUCAGUUCGAUGUCCCAGGCAUCGUGCAAAAUUGUUGCGACUUCAUGGAGGAGCAGCUCUCCGUAAAGAACUGCAUUGGCAUCCAUCGGUUUACCAAAACCAUCAACUGCUCCCGACUGCAACACAAGGCCUUCAGCUAUGUCCUUGCUCACUUUGAGGAGGUUGUUUUCUCCCAAGAGUUCCAGCAGCUUUCUGUGGGAAAUAUCAUUGAGAUCAUUGGUAGAGACGAACUCAACGUGAAAGAAGAGAGCACUGUGUUUGAGGCCAUCAUUCUCUGGAUUGCCUAUUUACCGGAAGAGCGUGAAGGGCACUUCGCUACACUCCUGUCCAAGGUCCGGCUGGCCUUGAUGAGUGAGGACUAUUUAAAGAGCAAUGUGAUGUCUAAUGAGCUGGUGAAAAACAACAUUGAGUGCAAGCUCAUGGCUAGAAAAGCCCUUGAUAUCAUCACUUGCAUCAGACCAAACUAUAGUUCUGUCCUCUGCAACCAUCUCGCCCGUCCUCGCCUGCCUAACAGCGUCCUGCUGGCCAUCGGAGGCUGGAGUGGUGGAGAUCCAACUAACGGCAUCGAGGCGUACGACAUCCGCACAGACAGCUGGGUCAACGUGUCAAACAGUCACGAGCGUCCCCGAGCCUAUCACGGCACUGCCUUCCUCAACGGGGAUAUCUACUGUGUUGGUGGCUUUGACAGGGUGGAGCAUUUCAACAGUGUUCGCAGGUAUGACCCGAACACACACACCUGGCAUGAGGUGGCAUCGAUGUACUACCGCCGCUGCUAUGUGAGCGUCACCGUGCUGAACGGAUGCAUCUAUGCCAUGGGAGGUUAUGACGGACAUACACGACUCAGCACAGCAGAGCGUUACAUGCCCGAGACCAACCAGUGGAGUCUGAUUGCACCCAUGAGCGAGCAAAGGAGCGACGCGAGCUGCACAACACUCCAUGACAAGGUUUACAUUUGUGGAGGCUUCAAUGGAAACGAGUGCCUGCAAACAGCUGAAUCUUACUGCCCAGAGACCAACCAGUGGACAGCGAUCGCACUCAUGAACUGCCGCCGCAGUGGCGUUGGGAUCAUUGCACAUGCAGACCAUAUCUUUGCAGUUGGUGGCUUUGACGGCACCACCCGUCUGCGCAAUGCUGAGGCUUACGACCCCCGGAGAAACACCUGGCACGAACUGUCCUCCAUGUUGUCUCCCCGAAGCAACUUUGGCAUCGAAGUGCUCGAAGGUCGUAUCUUUGUUGUUGGUGGCUUCAACGGCUUCAACACCUCCUAUGACGUUGAAUACUACAACUCAAUAACGGACGAGUGGUGCAAAGCCUGUGACAUGGAGAUAUUCCGCAGCGCCCUGAGCUGCUGUGUGGUGUCCGGACUCCCCAACAUGGCUGAGUACGCUUUGCCUCGUGACGCACUGCCGCUUUCACAUGUGGACGGCGAGUCUGUGGAGGUUUCAGAGUCGGAUGAGUCUGUCUAA